AUGUUCAAAAAACUAAAUAUUUAAUAAGAAAGUUAUGAUGUUUAACAAAAAAAUAAAAGGAUAAUUUUGUAUUUCAAUCUUACAGAUAGUUAUGAAUCUUUAACAGAUUUAAAUAACUUAUUUAAUAAAAAUUUUACUUAGGAAAAUUAGAUAUAAUUCGAAUUCGAGUUAAAAUAAGAGUCUUAUGAGAUAGAAUCUAUAUCUUUAUAUUAUUUUUAAGGAUUUAUGCAAGAAAAUUCAAAUGAUAAAAUAGAUAUAUGUAAAUUAACAAAUAUUAGGAUUAAUUUACUCAAACUUGCAUAAUAAUUUAGAAAAUGUAAUAUUAAGAUUAUUCUUCAAUAUAAUCAUUUACAAAUACUCGAAAAAUAAUACUAAAUUGAAAAUCAUAUUAAUUAGUUAUUUGAUGGCUUUUUAACUGAAUAAAAGGAGGUAAUAUUACUUUCAAGAGUUGUAAGAACUUAGCAAAUUAUUUGUUAUUUAAAACAACCAAUUUUUUUAGAUUAUUUUGAAUCAGAUGUUAAAGAGUAUACUUUAUCAAAUAAAGAUUAUAUAUAGAGAGAUAGUUUACUUUUUACAUGUAAAGAAUUUAAUGAAGAAUUUAUUUAUCAAUUACAUUCAGCAAAAGGGUUUUUUUAAUUUGAAUAUAAUGAUUUUUGUUCUAUUGGGGUAGAAUGCUAUUUGUACUUAAGAGAUGAAUUAGAAGUACUUUCAUUUUUAAUACUUAAAGAUAUUAAAAUGCUUUAAUUAAAUAUAUAUGAAUUACUUGAAUUGCCGAUUAAUUUAAAAAAUGAAAAAAAUUAAGAUGAGAAUGUUAAGCAAUUUCUAAAAUUAUUAUAUUCUCUUAUAAUUAGAUUUCUAUAAAUAAUUAAUAAAGAAUAAUUUUGCAUAUAAAUUUUUGUUUAAGAAAUCCGCUAAGCUAUUUUAUAUUGGGAACCUCAUAUUUUAAACCAUUUAAAAUAUUUGGCAUAAUAAAAUCCAAGUUGUAUUUCAUUUACUAAAAAAGAAAAAAUUUUUCUAUUUAAUUAUGAACAAAUAAUUGAAUGGUAUCAAUCAAAACUAUUAGUUUUUCAAGAUUUUACUCAAGAAACUCUAAACAGCUUUUUAAAAAAGGAAUUGGAAAUGAUUUCUUUGUAAUGUUCUUUAGAGAUUAAGUACUUUGAUAUUCAUCUUCCAUCUAAAUAUAAAUUGUUUUAAGAAAUAAAUAAUUUUUCCAAUAGAUAAGAAAAUAUCAAGAAACCUAAUAUCUGCUUGUUAGGUUUAACAAAAACUGGUAAAAGUACAUUAUUGAAUAUCUUGAUGAAUCCUAACAAUAUUAAAAUUAUUAAAAAUGGUUAAAAUAAAUAUUUCUCUAUAAUUAAUAAAACUAAUGAUAUUAUAAUAUCAUAAUCAUGCAAAAGUUAAACUAAAUAAACAUAUGAUAGAGAAAUUAAUGAUUUUAUAUUUACAGAUACACCAGGAUUUUAAGAUACAAAUAGUGAAAAUAGAUUGAUUAAUUAAAUUAAAAUCUUUACAUAAUUACAAAGAUCGCCAUAAAUAAUCUUUUUGAUUUUAAUUGAUGGAUAAAAAUUGUGUGAAAAUAUUAAUGAUCUCUACUCUACUAUUAAACAUAUCAAUUUAUUCUUUGGUGAUUAGCUAAUUGAAUCUUAAUUGGAAAAAUUCAUUAUACCUGUUUUUAAUAAAUUAGGUUUAAAUACAAUGGAAUAGAUAAAAAAUAUAUUGGAAAAAGAAAUUGAGUCAGAUUACCCUAACUCUUAACUAUACCAUUUCUUAAAAGCUAUAAAAAAUAGAAUUGAUAAUAAUGGAUAUAUUGAAUUAUUAAAUGCAUCCUACUUUAUGAAUAAAUAAGAAAUAAAAAAUUUAAAAAAAUAAAUAUAGGAAACAUAAAAUCAAAUAACCAACUUAUUAAGAGAUAAUAAAAUAAAUUCUAACGAGAUAAGCUAAUUAAAUGAAAGAGUAAUUUUAUUAUAAAAUGAAAUUGAUAUUAAAGGAAAUAAAAUUAACUAUGAUUUACUAGAGAAGAUUUAAUAAUAAAUUUUAAAUUAAUGUAAAAACUUAUCGUAAGAACAGACUUAAUAAAAAUAAAAAAUAAAAUUUACUUUGUCAUUAAAUGCAGAAAUGAAAGAACAUUAUAAUACUAUAUUAAAAUAUUAAGAUGAAAUAUGUACAUUCCUUUUAAGAUUAAUCACUGAUGUGAUAAUUAAUAAUCUUUUAAAUGAUCAUUCUAGAAAUUUAGAUUAAGUAACUGAUUUAUGUUCUUAAAUAUAAAAUAUUAUACAAGACUUUAAAUCGAAUGAAAACAUAAGCAUUUACGACUUUUUCAUUUCCUUGAGCUAGAAAUUUAUUAAUCUUUUUCAAAACCAAAUAUUGAUUCAGGAUUUAAUUAAGAAAUUGAAUUCUAUUUAUAACAUCUCUAAAUUCAUUCAAAAUGGAUAAGCUGUAAAGAAAAUAUCUUCUUAGUACUUGGAAAAUGAAUUGGAUCUAGUAAGAAGAAGCUGUAUUAAUUUGCAUAAUAAUCAGAAUUUUUAAAACUUUUUAACAAUUAAGAAAUUUAAAGAGAUCUAAAUAUUUUUAUUAAAGUUAAUAUAAUUAGACAAAAGAGCAGAAAGGUUAAAGCAAUCUACAAAAUAAUAAUAUGAAAGACUCAAGAUGGAAAUUUUAAAAAUUGAGUAUGAUGAAAUAAAAAAAUCUUAAAAAUGA